AGCCGCAUAAAAGCCAGCCCAGCACACUCAGGGUGACAUUUUCUGCCAGGAGCUGGGCAGUAUGGACCUCACUCUUCUGUCGGUGUUUCUGCCACUGGUGACCACAGCCUGGGGCCAGUAUGGUGACUACGGGUACCCGUACCAGCACUACCAGGACUACGGUGACGAUGGCUGGGUGAACCUAAACCGCCAAGGCUUCAGCUACCAGUGCCCUCACGGGCAAGUGAUCGUAGCAGUGCGGAGCAUCUUUAGCAAGAAGGAAGGCUCUGACAGACAGUGGAACUAUGCCUGCAUGCCCACCCCCCAGAGCCUCGGGGAGCCCACGGAAUGCUGGUGGGAGGAGAUCAACAGGGCUGGCAUGGAAUGGUACCAGACUUGCUCCAACAACGGACUGGUGGCCGGGUUCCAGAGCCGCUACUUCGAGUCAGUGCUGGACCGGGAAUGGCAAUUUUACUGCUGUCGCUAUAGCAAGAGAUGUCCGUACUCCUGCUGGCUGACAACAGAGUACCCAGGCCACUACGGGGAAGAUAUGGACAUGAUUUCCUAUAACUAUGAUUACUACAUCCGAGGAGCAACAACCACUUUCUCUGCAGUGGAAAGGGAUCGCCAAUGGAAGUUCAUAAUGUGCCGGAUGACCGAUUAUGACUGCGAAUUUGCAAAUGUUUAGAGCUGCCAAGUACGGAAGUCUGGGUGAAGGGCAAGGGGUCAGGUGUCCUGAGGGUGUCUUAUCAUACAUGCUAACAUUGAUUAAAGCAUCCGCAGUUCUUUCAUUUGCUCUCUUCCCUGGGAUGGGAGCUCUGGCCCUUCCUCACCAUGAAUACAUGUAUAAACAAACCCACAAUUAAGCCGUGUUUCUCACUUCCAGCGUGUUUGACCACAACCAUCUCCAGGUCCUGCAGAUGGCUUCCUUGCAUAUCACAUAUACAAUGCCUUCAUGCUUAGGGCCUGUUACCCAGAGCACCUGCCAUGGCCUUCCUGCUGCUCUCACUAUAUCUUAAGCUUCAAAUUCAGUUUAGUGAGCUUGGAGAGAGAGAAAGGAAGAGCUUGAGGGAGUGAGAUAAAGAUUCUCUAGAGAUAAGUCUGAGUGACAACACACAGAGACCUCACCUGAAACUGGGGUCACUCCCUGUCUUGAGGGAACAUGGGCCCCUCUCUCCUUUCAUGGGAGCCACACAUACUCAGAAGUCCAAGUAAAGAUCUAUGUGUUCCAGAAGAGGGGGCAGUUGGAGGUGAAAGGGGAAGGUGGAAAGGUUUGAGGACAGAGCUGAAAGACUUUAGGGUGAAAGAUCUUCCUUGAUUCAAAGAUGUAUGCCAGCAUACCCAAUAAUGAAAAUUAAUUUGAGGGCCAGAAGAACCUGUGAGAAUCAGUCUUAAGAUAGAAACAAUGAGAGAAAGAUAAACAAAAAGGACUCAGAUUGGGAAAUUGAGGAGAGAAGCGUGGUCGCUGGAGAAGGGACCUUGGGUCAUCAGCAGCUGGAGACAUUCCCAAUGUUCUUGAGAAGAUGGCCAUCCCACAAGCCAAAGGAUGCUGCCUGUGCGUAUCUGGACUGGUCCUGAAAGAUCCUCCGCCCUUUACCAUGGAGCCUGGAAGUGUAUUCUAUAGAGAUGACACUAUCUUUCUUCCUCCUGUGAUGUCUGUAUGCCUAGCCAUUUGUACCUUCUUCUUCACACUAGUUAAAAAAAUAAAAGUAUCAAUAUUCACUGUGCACAAA